AUGCGAUCUCUAACUCAGCCUUGGAGGAUCGUCAAUAGGAACCAACGUCGCUCAUCCCGACAAAGGACUCGAAGCUUGGAAAGGGAGCCCAAGGCCAUUGAAGUAGAUGAGCCUGCUGAAUAUGCUUUGGAUGUUAAAUUGAGGAUCGUUAUUGCUGGCGCUCGUGAGCUUCCUCUCAAAGAAAAGGCCAGCGGCGCAUCUGUAGAUACAUUUGCUGUAUUGUCAUGCGGUGGUUCCAUUCAACAAACUCAAGUCGUCAAAAACAGUAUAUCCCCGGAGUGGAAUACCACAUUUGAAAUUCCCUUGACUAAAAUUUCACCCAGACGCUUAGCCUCAGGUCUACUCGUCACGGUUUACGACAAAGACCGCUUCAAAAGCUCCUUUAUUGGAAGACUUCACCUCCAUUUUAAUGAAUUUUUCGACGGGACGCUCCAAGAAAACGUUCCCAUUGCUUUUCAUGAUCCUAAAAAUGAGCCAAAAUGGUAUCCAUUGAAAGAUCGUAACGUAAGGCGCACACGAUAUCUUCGAAGAAUUAAGUCGGUUCAGUCGGAUUCGGUCAAUGGCGAGAUAUGUCUUAAAUACGGGCUGGUCGAUGCCCAUGGCUGGCAAGGGACUCGUUCCAGACAGGAGUGGCAAGAGUUUUGGGUUUCUCUUUUACAACGAACGAAUACCCCCUCUAGCAAGCCAAAGGCAGCGGCUCGAAGGAUCGAAAGAAGAUUUUCAUCUCGCUUAUCAUCCUCUGCCCCUGAAGCCAAAAUCAUUAUACCCGGCUCCGGCCCUCCCAAGACCGCACUUUCUUACAGUGAACAUGGCACACCCACCAUAGGCGAUUCCCCCGUCAUAGACACGGACAGGAAAAAAAAGCGGUUACGUCGUCGUCGAAGGCGAGGACGAAGUAGAAGAGGCAGUGUCGUCAAGUUCUAUGCUCCCGACGUGAUGGGGGUCAUGUUUGUGGAAGUGUCAAAUGCCAAAGACCUGCCUCCGGAACGAAAUGUCAUUCGAACCGGUUUUGAUAUGGACCCCUUUGUGGUGUUGUCUUUUGGCCGACAUACGUUUAGAACAAGGGCUAUACGGCAUAAUCUAAACCCUGUGUGGAAUGAAAAACUGUUUUUCCACGUACGACAUAGCGAACUCAAAUACAACCUCAAAUUUGCAAUUUAUGAUAAGGACAAAUUUUCCGGCAAUGAUUUUGUGGCGUGGCAAGAAAUGCCCGUGGUGGAUAUUAUCUCAAAGUCCAUGAGCCAUGCUACCGAAGUCACCACCAAUGAACAAGACCCUCAAGACAUGAUUGAGAAAGAAAUGGAUACCCACACCGUCGACUUGAAGAUGGCGAAUCGAGCCAAGUGGGAAGGCAAACACAGCCCUAGACUGUCUUUCCGGGCUAAAUUCUUACCCUAUACCACCAUACGCAAGAUGUUUUUUAUGGCUUUGGCCAAGCCUUACGAUUUAGAAGGAAACGGCAUGAUGAAUCGUCUGGGCGUUCAAUCCAUGCUUGAGAGCUUGGGAAGUAAUAUAUCCGAAGCCACCGUCAAUGGCUUUUGGGAGAGAUGGGAGAAGUCACCGGAAACCGAUGAGCUAACCAUAGAAGAGCUGAUUGAGUGUCUGGAAGAACAUCUUUUGCGGGACCAUAAGCUGUCACGACAACGCAGUCAUACCACGCUUGUGAACGAUGACUACUUUAGCCGACCGACCCGAACUUUCCAUGAUCGUGCAGAGAGCCCUUUCAAUGAUCUUCCAGGAACGUCCGAUGACAGCAGCCCUGUCUUUUCUUCUGAUGGAGGCGUGUUUUCCGAUGGUCCCAUCCUGUCUGACGGUGAUAUGUUCGCCGGCUUAUCUGAUUUUGAAGAGCUCUCGACAAAUCUGACUGGACCGUUGUUCAACUAUGAUCGAUUCAUCGACAGUUUGCAGGACUCAGAAUUGUCUGGGGAAGAUGAGGUUGACAUGGACGACACUGACGAUGAUGAAAUUGAUGAUGAGCCAUUGGCUGAUGCAAAUGGGGUUCAGCUUGGCGAGUACUCUCCUUCUGGCCCAUUGACCGGCAGCGACGACGCGCAAAGCCUGAAGAGCAUCAGCAGAGAUUCCGUUGAAGAAAAGGUCAUUCGUGUGACCGAGUGUCCUGUUUGCCAUCGUCCCAACCUUGCUCGAAAGCGACAAAUGGAUAUCAUUACUCAUAUUGCCACUUGUGCUGCGAAUGACUGGACCACGGUAGAUAGGUUCUUGAUGGGAAACUUUGUCACUGAAGCCUAUGCCCAAAGGAAAUGGUUUGUCAAAUUGGUUAGCAAAGUUGGGUAUGGAAGAUAUUCAUUAGGAACCAACAACGCAAAUAUCAUUGUCCAAGACCGCCGAAGUGGUCAGCUUAUUGAGGAAAGAAUGAGUGUGUAUGUACGCCUUGGUAUGCGGUUACUGUACAAAGGAAUGAAGACAAGCGUACAAUCAAAGCGAGCCCAGCGAAUUCUACUCAAUAUGACCAUGCGCCAAGGUCGACGGUUUGAUUCAACGAAAAGUGCCCGUGAAAUUCCCUCCUUCAUCACCUUUCAUAAAUUGGAUAUGUCGGAAGUUCGUGAUCCUCUCCACUCGUUCAAAACAUUUAACCAGUUCUUCUAUCGAAAACUGAGAGCCGGCGCUCGUCCAUGCACCAAUGCAAACGAUCCAAAGACCAUUGUGAGCCCUGCUGAUUGCCGUAUGCUGGCCUUUCCAACCAUAAACGAUGCGACUCGCGUAUGGAUUAAAGGCAUCAAUUUCAGUGUUGGAAAGCUGCUAGGUGAUCCUGACAUGGGCAAACGGUAUGAGGGAGGUGCACUGGCUGUUUUCCGACUUGCCCCACAGGAUUACCACAGAUUCCAUUCACCUGUCGACGGUGUCAUAUCAGCUGCAAAAUACAUCUCUGGCCAAUUUUAUACCGUCAAUCCCAUGGCUAUUCGAACGACACUGGAUGUAUUUGGCGAGAAUGCACGUUCCGUCGUGUUCAUUGACUCCCCGGAAUUCGGACGUGUGGCCAUGGUUUGCAUUGGUGCCAUGAUGGUCGGUAGUAUAGUCAUCACGGCUACACCAGGGUCAACCAUCAAGCGCACGGACGAAGUCGGUUAUUUUGCCUUUGGAGGCAGCACGCUCGUCUGUAUAUGGCCUCCUAAUACUACUCAAUUUGAUCAAGACCUGGUGGAUAAUUCAGCAACGGCACUGGAGAGUCUCGUUCGCGUAGGCGAUCAGAUUGGAAAGAAGAAGCCAGCCGUCAAUGGAAGCGGACCAUCGCACUCUAAAUAA